AUGCAGCGCGCUUUAAGCUCCCGUGCUAGAGCUACGGCUCUGUCGGCUGCCGCCUCCAAGUACCGCGCCGGUGCCGGUCUUGGCCAGCAGCUUCGCUUCGCCCACAAGGAGCUCAAGUUCGGUGUCGAGGGCCGUGCCGCUCUCCUCGCUGGUGUGGACACUCUCGCCAAGGCCGUUGCCUCUACCCUCGGCCCCAAGGGUCGCAACGUCCUGAUCGAGUCCAGCUUCGGUUCCCCCAAGAUUACCAAGGAUGGUGUAACCGUCGCCAAGUCCAUCACCCUCAAGGACAAGUUCGAAAACCUCGGUGCCAGACUCCUACAAGAUGUUGCUUCCAAGACCAACGAGGCCGCUGGCGACGGUACCACCACUGCCACCGUUCUGGCCCGCGCUAUCUUCUCCGAGACCGUCAAGAACGUUGCCGCCGGCUGCAACCCCAUGGACUUGCGCCGUGGUAUCCAGGCUGCCGUUGAGGCUGUCGUCGAGUUCCUCCAAAAGAACAAGCGCGACAUCACCACCUCUGAGGAGAUUGCUCAGGUCGCCACCAUUUCCGCCAACAGCGACCACCAUGUCGGCAAGAUGAUUGCCAACGCCAUGGAGAAGGUUGGCAAGGAGGGUGUUAUCACCGUCAAGGAGGGCAAGACUCUUCACGAUGAGCUCGAGGUCACCGAGGGUAUGCGCUUCGACCGCGGUUUCAUCUCCCCUUACUUCAUUACCGACGCCAAGGCCCAGAAGGUCGAGUUCGAGAACCCCCUCAUUCUCCUUUCUGAGAAGAAGAUCUCCGCUGUCCAGGACAUCAUCCCUGCUCUUGAGAUCUCCACCCAGCAGCGCCGCCCUCUUGUCAUCAUUGCUGAGGACAUUGACGGUGAGGCUCUCGCUGUCUGCAUUCUCAACAAGCUCCGUGGCCAGCUCCAGGUCGCUGCCGUUAAGGCUCCUGGCUUCGGUGACAACCGCAAGUCUAUUCUCGGCGAUAUCGCUGUCCUGACCAAGGGCACCGUUUUCUCUGAGGAGCUCGACAUUAAGCUUGAGAAGGCCACCGUCGACAUGCUCGGCUCCACUGGCUCCAUCACCAUCACCAAGGAGGACACCAUCAUGCUCAACGGUGAGGGCAGCAAGGACUCUCUUGCCCAGCGCUGCGAGCAGAUCCGUGGUGUCAUUGCCGACCCCACCACCUCUGAGUACGAGAAGGAGAAGCUCCAGGAGCGUCUUGCCAAGCUUUCUGGCGGUGUUGCCGUCAUCAAGGUUGGUGGCUCUUCCGAGGUUGAGGUUGGUGAGAAGAAGGAUCGCUUCGUCGAUGCUCUCAACGCCACCCGCGCUGCUGUUGAGGAGGGUAUUCUCCCCGGUGGUGGUACUGCCCUGAUCAAGGCCUCUUCCCUGGCCCUGAACGACAUCAAGCCUGCCAACUUUGACCAGCAGCUCGGUGUGGCCAUUAUCAAGAACGCCAUCACCCGCCCUGCCCGCACCAUCAUCGAGAACGCUGGUCUUGAGGGCUCUGUCGUUGUUGGCAAGCUCACUGACGAGCACGCCAACGACUUCAACAAGGGUUUCGACUCUUCCAAGGGCGAGUACGUCGACAUGAUUGCUGCCGGUAUCCUUGACCCCUUCAAGGUUGUCCGCACUGGUCUCAUUGACGCCUCUGGUGUGGCCUCUCUUCUUGGUACUACUGAGGUCGCCAUUGUCGAUGCCCCUGAGGAGAAGGGCCCUGCCAUGCCUCCUAUGGGUGGCAUGGGUGGUAUGGGCGGCAUGGGCGGCAUGAUGUAA